UUAUGCACAUGUUCAUACAUUGUCGUGCCGCGUUUCUGUAGCCUUAGGCGCUACUUUAGGUUUGGACAGUAGCAUCUUCGCCAUACACAAACAUAUGUUUUUCUUGUCUGCGUUGAACUAGUGCGAAAGCUGUGGUUUCGGCCACUGCAUUCAAUGACACAUGGAGCCGUGCACUUCUUCAAAAAAUGCAGUCGUGUGCUGUUCGGCCGCCACUUGGUGGCAACCAAUGCCACAAUAUCUACAGUCAUGGGCAUUGUCGGUGACCUCGUCCAGCAACACUACGAAGUUUUGUCCGGCCGCCAGGCUGCCGUCAAUUCAGUGCGGACAUCGCAUAUGGCAGCAGCCGGUCUGACCACUGGAAUGGUGUGCCAUUAUUGGUACGUCUUACUCGACCGAUGGAUGCUGGGGCGGUCUGUGCGCACGGUAUUGCUGAAGGUGCUCUAUGACCAAGUCGUGUUUUCACCCAUCAAUUUGGUUGUCUACUUUGGCACUGUGGGUUUACUAGAGCGUUCAAGCUAUGCUGAACUAAGCCAUGAGCUCUGGUUCAAGGGUGGUACUGUUUAUAAAGUAGAAUGGAUAGUUUGGCCACCAGCACAGUUCCUUAACUUUUAUGUGCUUCCUCUGAGGUAUCGAGUUUUUUUUGACAACCUCAUUUCCUUUGGCUUUGAUGUAUACCUUCCAUACGUCAAAUAUAAGGACCACAGGUCUCACACGAACCAUGGCUGAAUGCUUUUGUUGUGAACUACUGUUAUUGCUUAAGGAUGCAAAAUCAGUAACAAAAGAGAACAAAGGUAUUAAAGAAACAUUGGAAAUGUAUUUUGUAACUUUAAGUUACUCUGAAUCUAAGGGAUACUAAGCAGAGACGCACACUUUUACAUGGAAGUUAUUGACAGCCCAGUGUCCAGGUUCCUUUUAGUUUUUUUUUUCUUUUUUUGCAGCGGUCUACAUAUUCAAUGUCACCUUUGUAUUUUUUUGUUAUGGGCUACUGAGUGAUUAAGUAGAACAAUUGCAAUGCUGUUUUCAAGGAUUCUUGUGCGAAAACCUGGAUGCCUUGUCUAUAUUGCAGUGGCCGAGUUGGUCGGCUGGAUUUUGGUGGUGUGGCUAAACGCACAAUAAGGUGUGGAAUGUCAUAUUUAACUUCCUUCUCCUGCUCCCAGUGAGCCGACUUGUGCACAGAUGUGCAGCUAAAGGCACAGCAAAACCAAAAGUGAAAUUAUAUGCAGAUCUGUGUAUAUGCUGAGAGAUUGAAUGUUGCCACAGGGCUGUGUAAGAGGCCAUAAGGGGCACUGUAGUAGAUUUCAGAAUCAGCUGGCGUGAGGUAUAUUAAGACACUAUAUUGAAUUUACAUAGUCAUUGUUCACCUUCUAUACGUGUUAUUUGUUCAUUGCGCCUUGCGUCCCUUAUUUGGCUAAUUUAUUCUAGGGUAUCAGCUUUUAACCUGACACAGUUGAUGAAGCCGUACAUUGUCCGAUCCACUGACAACAGGGAUUUGGAUAUUGCCGCUUUCAUGAAUAUUGUUAAAUCCUUUGAUUUUGGCAUUGAGAUAACAAUUUAUGAGUAAUUGUUGCCUCAGAUGAGAAGAAGUAGGUGUCCGCAGUGGUCAUGUGCUAUUCGGCCAAUUGCUUUCCACCAGGUGGAGGCAGUGAUGAGUGAGAAACCUGAAAAGCAAUUGCAAAGCAGCAUUGCGGUUCAUGACACAUGUGCACUUCAAGUUGUGGAUGUAGCAGAAAAGCUUUCUGUGCGUGAUGAUGUUGGGUACCAUUCUUAAAGGGACACUAAUGUGAAACACUCAAUUAGUUGAGAUGGAUAAAUUGUACCGUGAAAACUCUAGUGUUGUUAAUUUCACCACCAUAAGUCUACGAGUAGACGAGAAAAUCAAUGUCAAAAUUUCACUUUCAAAUUUCCCGCCGAAACUCCCGAUGGCGACGUCACGGAUUUCAAAGUCUUUUUUUUCUUAAUUUUGGCCACAUUGUCUCAACGAAAUUCCCUGAGCAUGGCCAUAAAUGUUACUGGAGGUUAAUAAGAAGCUUGGUAAAGGAGAGAGAGUUGCAGGUUAUUGCCCCACAUGGAAAGCCUGAUUAAUGUUUUUUUGCAACGGUGUGCAUCCAUAACAGCUGUAUGUCUGAAAGAGGAAAAUGAUGCUUUUGACUAACAUGCUCACAUGUGAGAAUGUUACUGUAUUUGAGAAUGCAUUUUCAUUCAUGUGGCUAGGAGUUUUAGAACUUUAUUUUCCUUCAGAUAUAAAAGGCCAAGAAUACUGACAGUGGUGACAAAUACACAGCAUAAAAUUAUGAAUUGCUGUAAGGUUUUCUGUGUAGCACAAGCUUGUUUCAUUAUAGAACGCCACAGUCAACUCACCUAUAGUUGAAGUGCUUGUGUUAUGUGCAUAGUGUGUUGAAAUUGGUGUAAUAACCAAAAGUGUAAUGUUGACAGCCAGCAUAUGUAUUGAAAGAUGAUGUUGGUAUCAUAUGGAAUUAUACAGUGGAAUCUCGUUUUUACAUUUUUCACUGGGACUGGAAAAGAAAACGUAUUAUGCAAAAAUCGUGUUAACCAAAGAUUUUGAAAAGAGGAGGAAAACAUGCAUACUCCGCCAGCAACUCACUUUUAUUGAGCAACACUGAAGUAGCUUGUAAGUUUGAGCUGCACUUUUUUCUUUUCAACGUCUAGGAGAAAAUUCCUCGGAAAAGUCAAAAAAGAAGCUGUAGUUCGCUCACUCACCUCUGCAUUCACGACAAAGCUACGAAGUGCGUCCAAGUGUUUGAGUGCGUCGCUUGCUGUUGGCAGCGAUCUGUUCUCCACAAAACCGAUGCUGCUGUGGCUUCAGCGGCUCUGCAGCGUGCAGAUCGUGGCUUGUUGAAACUCGAUUUGAGCUAGUAUACCGAAGAAUAAACGCAGGAUUUCUGGAUACAUCGGUCAAGAUCCACUUUUGCGGUCGUAUUAUCGAAUUUUGGGCAGAAAGUAGGGGUGUGCGAAUAUCAAAUUUUUCGAAUACGAAUCAAAUACGAAUAUCCACCUUCGAAUAUCGAAUAUCAAAGGAAAAAUGCCUCCACAGUAACAAUAUUUUAUUUAACAUUUGAAAAAAAAACGUUAACAGCCUGACUGGCAACACAACAUACACUGCUAUCUCCAGAACACAAUGUCCAGGCUAGCACAAUGCACAUCACAACACAAGCAAAUAUCACGGCACAAUGAAUGUAAUGACUCGAUGUUAUCAUGAAGAAAUAGGAGUUGCUCCACACGAUCAGGCAGCAGGCGCUCCCUUCUAACAGAGACACCCCCCCCCCCCCCGCCACCGAAAAGGCACACUUGCUUGGAACAGAAGUGGCUGGUAUAGGGAGUUACAUGGGGCAAAGCUUUGCCAGACUGGGGUAUCUGAAGGUGCCUACAGUCCGCCACCAGUCACAUGGGUCACUGUCUUUCUUCAGAAGUGGUCCCGCAUAGUGAACGAGUGGUAGUGUGGCAUGUUACGGCCGCAUUAUAUUGAAAAUGUACGGUUACAUGAUCGCCAACAGUGCUGCACGUCGAAGAUGCACCAGCAAUAAAUCAUACGUAUUGGGGCGCUCGUCGCAGGCCGAUAUCGUGCCUCCGUGUACUUACGAUGUUUAUCGCUCCUCUCAGCAACGUUUUUAGCGAUACGAACGCAGCAGAAAUGUGGAAGACAAGUUAUUUUAUGCAUGAUAAUCAAAUCGCAUAUUCGAAUUUUUCGAAUAUUCGAAGUUAUCAAAUGUUCGAAACUCUUCGAAUACACGAUUUUCGAAUCGAAUACGAAUAUUUCGAAUGUAAUGUACGACGAAUAUUCGAAACUUUCGAAUAUUCGCGCACCCCUAGCAGAAAGUAAUCGUAUAAAAUGCAUGAAAAUGCAUUAUUUCCAAGAGACGUUGGCCGGGUAUAAAAAGAAAAACAUGUUCGGCCGAAAAGCAUAUUAUGCAGAAUUGUAUCAACGAGAUUCCACUGUAUUCCACUAUAAAUAGUGCCUUGCAAUAAGAGAUGUGUGCGCAGUGCUGAUACUAUAUCUUGUUCCACAUUGUGCCUACAAAUGUGUAAAUAUUUAGUUUUUCUGCGUGUAUAUAUUUACUGUUGUUUCUUGUUGACUUUUAUAUUCUGUUAAUAAGCACUUCAGAUGCACUGUUGGGAAAGUUGAUAGAAUCCAUGCAAACUUUUUUUGUUUGAUAUUUAUGUGAACACUAUAUGUGAAUGAAUAACAGAAAAUGCGGCUGCAAGUGCCGUUAAUGCUCUCCAACGUUUUCAGUAUGUGUAACCAAGUCUUCACUCCUGAAAGUAGUUGAUUACAGCAGCAAUAUAUCUUGCUUUAAGCUGUGAAUGUUUACAGCCAUGACACCCUUGAAAUUUGCCUGCUGGAGAGCCCCACCAAGGAGGUUGUCGUGGGGUGCUUGAAAACUAUUGCACAUAUAUAGUCAUUUAUUGGAUAUAGCAAGCAAGCAUGUUCAUGCAUUAUUUUAGGGAGUAUACUACUGCUACAGUGAAACUGAAAAUGUAAGACCAGAGAUUUUGUCAGUUGCACCAAUGCAAAUAUUCAUUCACUUGCUGCUCAAGGCUCAUAUUCUGAUAGCAAAAUUAUCAAAUACUCAGCAGUAGCAACAUGAUAUGGUAAAUAGUAGAUGCGUAUGCACCUUUUGGCCAACGACUUGGGGGCACACCUUAAGUGGCUUUUGUAACAUUCCAUGGCAACAUGAAGCCAUCAUCACUUGGCAUUUUCGAAUGAUUUCCUUUGUGUAAGUACUGAAUGAGCCUUAGGUUUAGUCUGGAAGUGAAUUACUGGAAGGGAGAAAAGUCUUGUGUAACGCCUGCGUCCUGCCAGGGUUAACAGUGGCACAUAUCAAUUUUUUUAUGCCACUCUCCCUCACUCUUUCUGGAAGUUAAGCAUUAGCAUACUGUAAAAUAUAUGAAAAAAAGACAAGACAGCCUGUGACCAGACAGUGCAAUGCUGCUAGCCAGGUAUGGAAAGGUGCAUUUAAGUAAAUUAUAAUGAAGGACUGGUGAGGCAUUCAAUCCAUCAUAGCAUACUUGUACCACAGCCAGCAGUGUCUCUGACUUGUCUUUAUACAGGCAGUCUACCUCCUGGCUUAAAGAAAGCAAAUGAGUAGAUAGGUAUUACAUGGACACUGCUUCCACCGUUUUAUUAUCUAAACAAAAGAAGUCGAUUUUUGGUUAUUUCCUUGCAUAGUAACCUAGUUACAUUAACUUAAAUAUCCUUUACGUUGUCACCAUUCAGCUUAGAAUUAUAGUGGGCAACGUAGUGGGCAUAGAGCAGGGCGUCCGCAUCUCCUGUUGACCUUUCAAUUUGAGUACAGAUACUCUGGCUGCAGCAUAACUGAUUGCGGAUACUCUGGCUGCAGAUACUAUGACUGCAGCAUAAGGUAGCUUUUGUCACACUUAACAGGAAAUCCUGCUUCCAGGGGCAUUGCCAGGGGGGGGGGGGGGUUCAACCCCCUUCCCCCGAAAAUUUUCAGUUUUGCUUGCGUAUAUAUACACGCACACAAACGUAUGCACGAACAUACAUAAAGUAUGGUUGAACCCCUCCCCCCCGAAAAAAAUUUCUGGCUACGCCCCUGCCUGCUUCUAUAUUUGUAGGUAUAGGCCUCGCGAAUCUGGUAAUGAUGUUAUGUAUAGUGAACAUUUUAAAAGCUUUAAAAUAGAGCAGCAAUAAGAGAACUUGUGUGACACUGUGAAGCACUGUAUAUGUAAGACACUUAAGUGACGUGAUUUUCCGUGCCUGUACCUUGUGCCUGCUGUAAAGUAAAUUUUUACAUAAAAUAUUUCUUAACAGAAAAAGCGAG